CUCUCUUCCUUCCCCCACGCUCGCAGUCGCAGGCAGGACCUGAAGAAAUUGGGGUUCGGGCGGUUGGCGAGGCGAUGGCGGCGGUGAGGCUGACCCCGAACGCCGUGGAGGCGGUGCUGGCGGGGGACGUUAACCUCAGGCCAAUCGUGCAAGUCCUCGACGUGCGCUGCGUCAACGUCAGCGCCGAUAGAUGGCGCGGCAAUGUCUCCGACGGCGUCAACACCGUCCCCGCGCUGUUCGCCGGGCAGCUCAGCGCCCUCGCGCGCUCCGGUGCUGUCCGGGGCGGCACCAUACUGCAGCUCGAUGAGUACGUCAUCAACAACGUUGGGGGCGGGCCCCGAAGGAUCAUUGUCGUUCUGAAUAUGACAGUUCUUCGUGCUGAGUGUGACAUCAUUGGGAAUCCGACGAUUACUCCAGAAACUAGACUUCCUAACCAAAACCACUCGGGAGCGGAGCAAUUUAAUGGAAUACGCCAACCUUCUGUGGCAGCAAACUCCUUGAACACACCAACCAUGCUCGGUCACCAAGCUCCGGUCUUCCAACCAACUGCGCAACCAUCCUAUCGCCCUGCACCCAGUUACAAAAACCACGGACCAAUUGCCAAAAAUGAAGCCCCUGCUAGGAUAAUCCCCAUAUCUUCUUUAAAUCCUUAUCAGGGCCGUUGGGCUAUCAAGGGUAGAGUUACUGCCAAGGGAGACAUCCGUCGGUACCACAAUGCAAAAGGUGAAGGUAAAGUGUUCAACUUUGACCUGCUUGAUUCUGAUGGGGGUGAGAUACGGGUGACAUGCUUCAAUGAUCUCGUUGAUCGUUUCUAUGAGGUUGUGGAAGUUGGUAAGGUCUAUGUGGUAUCAAGGGGAAACUUGAAACCUGCACAGAAGAACUUUAACCAUCUGAACAAUGAGUGGGAGAUUGUAUUGGACAAUGGAUCAUCAGUGGAUCUUUGUCCUGAUGAGAACAGCUCCAUUCCCUCCCAGCGGUUUAACUUCAGACCGAUCAGUGAAGUUGAGGAUACUCCGAAUGCUACUAUCCUUGAUAUGAUAGGUGUUGUUAUCUCUGUCAGCCCUUGCACCACAAUACAGAAGAAAAAUGGCAUGGAAACUCAGAAAAGAAUUAUUAACCUGAAGGAUAUGUCUGGUCGAAGUGUUGAUGUAACCAUGUGGGGUGAAUUUUGCAACAGAGAAGGCUCACAGCUGCAAGAAACUGUUGAACGCGGGGUCUUCCCUGUUUUGGCUGUCAAAACAGGAAGAGUAAAUGAUUUUGGUGGCAAGUCUGUUGGCACAAUUUCUUCCUCUCAACUUCUCAUAGACCCUGAUAUUGUCGAAGCUCAUAGUCUCAGGCAAUGGUUUGAUGGUGGAGGAAGGGAUGCUUCCACUCAGUCCAUAUCCAGGGAUGCCACUCCUGCAGCAUCAAGGAACGCUAUCCGAAAGACAGUAGCUCAAAUCAAGGAGGAAGGUCUUGGGAUGGAGGACAAACCUGAUUGGGUUACAGUUAAAGCCUCUGUUAUAUUCUUCAAGAACGAGAACUUCUGCUACACAUCUUGCCCUAACAAGGAAGGUGACAGGCAAUGUAAUAAGAAAGUGACAAAGGGGACCUCUGGCUUGUGGUACUGUGACAAAUGCAAUAGAGAAUUUACAGAGUGCGACUAUAGAUAUCUUCUGCAGCUACAGAUUCAAGAUCACUCGGGAACAGCUUGGGUGACGGCAUUUCAAGAGGCUGGGCAAGAGUUACUUGGUGUCUCGGCGUCAGAUCUCAGCAGGUUCAAAGAGGAGGAAGAUCCUCGUUUUGCAGAGACCAUGCUCCGAUGUUUGUUCCAGGAUUAUCUGCUGAGGCUGAAAGUCAAAGAAGAAACAUACGGGGAUGAGCGGAGAGUGAAGAACACCUUGGCCAAAGUGGAGAGGUUUGAUCCCGCGGGAGAAAGUAAAUAUCUGCUCGAUACAAUUUCAAGGUUGGUGGCGUCUUAGUAGUGAGUUUCACCCCCUCAAGAUGCUGGCUGUGUCUAUAACCGUUCUCUUGCUUGCAAGGCCGAAGGUUUACUUACAAUAUCAAGGGAUUUGUUCAGUUUAAGAGGCUGAUAUGCUUUUGAUGUGUUAGCUACUCUUAGAGCAUGUCGAUGCCUCGGCCUAUUUAGACUCUGUGUCCUCUUCAUGGAGCAAUUCAGAAGUACGUAGGAAUAGCUAUUAAAACAUAUUAAUAUCUCGGCUUAGGACUCCGUCCUUUUUAACUGAGCAUUGCAGUUAUUAUUUACCAUGAAUCUGAAAGAACAGUAUAAUGGUUUAUUUUUGCAUCACCUCUAAUCUUACCUAAAAGCACCAUAUUUGUGGUA